AGCCACAAACUCACUAAAAUUCUAAAAUUAAACACAAACAGUCAGUCCAUCAAUGGAGGCGACGACUCUCACUCAGCUAACAAGUCUCCUCCUCCUCCUCAGCUUCUUCUUCUUUCAUGUCUCCAAUUCCUCUGCUGAUUUUCCCAUCGGAAUCCAUCCUCUAGAUGAGAAGUACUAUGCUUCGGAUGUGAUUAAAUGCAAAGAUGGAUCUAAAUCCUUUACCAUAGAUCGGCUCAACGACGAUUUUUGCGAUUGUAUUGAUGGAACUGAUGAGCCCGGAACGGCUGCCUGUCCAUCUGGAAAAUUUUAUUGCAGGAAUGUGGGCAGUACGCCUAAAUUUCUGUUCUCUUCUCGUGUGAAUGAUGAUAUUUGUGACUGUUGUGAUGGAAGUGAUGAGUAUGAUAGUAAUGUCAAUUGCCCCAAUACCUGCGUAAUGGGUGGGAAUUUUUCUUAUCAAACAAGAAGGUAUCGCUCAAGAAGAAACCAUCUCGAUCGAAUUGGUGGAAGAAAUGCUAAUGAGGUCAAUAUGGCUGACUCGGCUCAGAGACUUAAAGGUCUGAAGAUACUGGUACUUGUACAAGUGGCCGUUAUCAUUAUUUUUCUGGUUUCUCGAAAACUGUAUCGCCGAUCCAGGUCUAAAAGAAGACAUUCACGUUGAGAAUUGAUCCCAGGAUUGUUGUUCCUCUAUCUUUUGUUUGUCUCCCAAACAUUAUUAUUGAAUCUAACUUCGGAGUGCAGUUGUGCUCCAGAAUGUUUCUGAAGGUCCAACUUGCUGAUUGUUGACGUUCUUCUUUACAAUGAUUCUUACAUACAUCUAUCUGGAGACGGGAUUGUGACAACUAUUAAGUCCUGCACCAGACCUCGAAGUAUCAUAUUAUCAAGUGCUCCUUUGAACUUUUGACUA